AUCGCCGUCAGCGUCCUCAACGCCCUGUUAUGUCUGACCGCUAUUUUGCUGAACAGUGCAACCUUACACGCCUUAAGAAAAACUUCAGCGCUACCAAGAAAUCUAAAAAUACUCCUUCUAAGCCUGGUUGUCUCAGAUCUAGGAGUUGGCUUGCUUGUGCAUCCGCUGCAAAUCGCAUUUCUUAUCGUGAGGCUGAAACAGUUACCUGAGAACGGAUAUACUUUUAAAGCUGCGGAGAUCGCUUAUCUUUUAGCGACUAAUUUCCUUGGAUACGCUUCAGUUUUUGGCGUAAUAACACUGGGCGUAGACAGAUUCUUAGCAGUUCAUCUCCAUCUGAGAUACCAGGAACUUGUGACUCGUAGACGCGUUGUUACUUUGGUGAUUUUUGUCUGGAUGUUUUGCGCAAUUAUUUCAUUAAUGAGGCUGUGGAUUGAUGUAAACAUAAUGUACAUCAUGUUUGUCAUAAUUGAAGUUUCAUGGUUCGUUUGUGCCACGUUGCUUUACUGCAAAGUAUACGUAG